AUAACGGGUUUAUGUCCGUUAUCCGUGAGAGCAAUAUGCUGUGCACAAUAUUUACUCUAUAUAUGUACAAUAUGUCUUGUCUAACAUUGGAAAAAAAAGAGAGGAGACGAAAGACAUACAUACGAAGUACAAGGAGAAACAACUAUUUCGGAUCUGAACAUGAACAAUUAAAAAAUGGAAUGUCCAAAGAAUUCGCCAAGGAUUUUCCCUUUCUCGCUCGACAAUAUAAAUGCCUGUAUGUAUGGUGGUUCUUUGCAAAUCCGGUGAGCAGCCAUUCGUUUGCUAUAUUGCUAUGAUCAAGACCUGGUCUAUGUCCCUUAGAAUCCUCUUCUUGUGGUCUUUCGUGCACUGGAUCAAGUAAGGAUCUUCCAUGGAUAUCGCAAACAAGGUCGAUUCAUUGGUGAGAGCUUGUGCCUGCAUACCAGGAAUAUUAAGACCCUUGAAUCAAAACCCUUGUGCUUCCAGAAUGGACGUGGAGAUCUCUAGGCAAAUCAAGAAUCAAUAUUGAUAAUUUUGAUUCAUGACGAUUAAAAGAUACAUAAUGGGUUAACAACCGUACCUUACCUCAAUGGAGGAAAAAUGGACAAAGAGAGACAGCGAAAGAGAGGGACCCAGGGCCAGCGGUUACUGUGAUCAGCGAAAGCAACGGGUCUCAAUAUCAUUGAUGAGAAUCAUCAGAUGAACCUCUUGGGUCAUUCCAAUCCUUCUGCUUUCUCUCCACAUGUUCACUGAACCGCUUUCUCCAGUCUUUCGAAUUGCUCUUAAUUGUGCAAUAUAAUUUGCUCGAUUCGACUGUUCGUCUGUUCGUCAUCUCAUAUGCCAAGUAAGUCAUAACGAAAUCGAGUUACCUUACUUUCCUAUGUCCAUAUCGAUCCAUAAGAUCCAUAGAACCAUACGCAUACCGUACCAAACUUUUGAGCUACCUGGUCGAUUCAGGUCCGGGGUUGCACACACCAUACGCGGCAAGAACCCAAUAACCUUUAUAUCUGGAGUCCCGUCGUAAGGAGAUUCGUUCGGAUCGUGUUGCAUGAUGCAUUAGUUGGAGACAACAAAUCUGAAAGAGCCACUCCAGUCUUACCAUCUUCUGAAUCCUUCUGGACUUGAUAUUCAGUCAUGGCGUCCAAUAUGAAGGAACGAAACUUGAACAUCACUCCCAUCUACUCUCUCCCAGCUCCAUCACACAAUUCGACUUCGAAUAUCUUCUCACCGACUGCUCUUUCGAAACCGUCUUUCGAUAUUCGUCCCGAAUCGUCACCGGCUCUUCCAUCAUCAAGUUUAUAUCGCAGGAAUCACAAGGAAAUGGCAUUGUGCGGGGAAUACUUUACAACAAAUGAAGAGUUUCAUGCUCUUCCACCCGCUCUAAAACGAAAGUAUUUCUCAACUCUGGAGCGUCUUCGAUUCGCACAAAGCUCGAGGUCAAAUGCCCUCAAUGAUCUUCCCACACGGAAUACCCGUAGAACUUCUAUUGCCGACCGACGUGGCUUGAAGAUUUCAGAGCUCGAGCCCCGACGCAGACCUUCAAGACGAUUAAAAAAGAAGAGGGAACAUUCGAUAUCCAAUAGUAAUGAUAAAUCUUGGUUUUUAAGCAAUUACGAAACAUUUCCGGAGACAAUCAAAAGAAAACAAUUUUCGAGCGAAGAACAAGCAUUAUUAGCAAGCAGGAUACGUGAAGCAGUUAUAUUGGAUGCGGCGGACGAAAAUCUCAUAAUACGAAGACGAUCUCGUCGCAUGGCGUCAGAUCCACCGGUAUUGUCUCCCAGCGUUAGAGGUUCUGUUUUCAGUGAAAAAACUAGCGGGACUCGAAGGAGAGCCUCGAUGUCUAGUAUGGCCGAUACGUUUCUUGACAGUUUCCAAUGGAUCGACGAUGAGUCUAAGUUAGAUCUUCAUUUGGAUGAUUAUCAUGCUUCAAUAUUUCCUUCUCUAAAAAGCGACCGGAAGCCCUCAUUUCGACGGCAAAUGUCGAUUUCAAAGCUUCCUUUCGGGCGAAGCUCGAUAUCUUCCAUCACACCUAAAUCUCCAAAUCCCACAUCACCUAGCUUCAGCACACAUUCCCGUUCUGCUACAUCAAUAACGGGACCAAGGCAUGCCGCAAAACACAAAGUUAAUUCAUCGCUCUCGUCGAUAGACCCUAAUGCCACCUAUUACCAAGACCCGGAAGCACGACUAAAGUUAAGGGUCUACUUAGCGUCACCGCAAAAAUUCGAUGAGAUAAUCGAGUUUGGAUUCCCAUCCAUGGAUGCGGCGAUGGGUGCAUCAGAGAAGGAAAAUAAACCAUCAAGAUUAAUAUCGAAACGUUCGUCGAGAGAUAUGUUGAGGCGAAAGGCAUCGAGUCCAGCAUUUGAACAUUCAUUCUUUAAUGACGAUACUGCUUCACUAUUCGAAGACGAUAAAUCGAUGGCUGAUUCUGACGCACCCAUAACACCCCUGGAAUAUGAAAGCGGAUAUCCACUACAACGAUCUCCAUUUUAUUAUACUGGCAAGCCUCUUGCGGAUUUUCAAUCUGGGCCCAAUAAACUACCUAGCAAACAACAAGACCCUUAUACACAAGUUAUGGCUGGAAAUCGAGAACCUACGUUAAGAAUGACGCUUACACGGCAGGAUUUGAGAGAUGAGAGCGCAAUAUAUGGAUGGCAAUCGAAAGAGCCGCUUGUAAUGGAGGAUCUAGAGAACCAUAGGUAUCCGCGGGGACCUAUGGGUGGAGCAGAUGGUUGGGGGCCACCGGUCGAGAAAGAAAAUGGGGUGGUAAAAAGGUUUUGGAAGAGGGUGAAGAGUCAGCGAAAGACUUCGUGAUAUGGUAUCUAGAACAGAAGAAAAGGGAAUCUUUGCAGAUGGAGUUAUUUAGCGGGCGAGCUUGUAUCUUUAAAGAAGCGUUUGCUUUGUAUUUACCUCUCUUUUGUUGGAGGCUCGCGUGCAUGGCAGGCAGGUUUUGCAUAGCGAUCGAAUGGAUACCAGGGAUUUGAAAUCAAAAAUUGAGAACAAAAGUCCUGAAUUGAAAGAUUGCAUCGUUUGAAGUGAUGUAAAUGUUUGUGUAUGUGCCAUGCAAUUCGCCUUCGUUACUUCGCCCAUCAAUUGGAUUGCCGGUCAGGUUUGAAGUCGACAUAAUGUUCGAAAUGGGUAUAGCAAGGAUCCAUUCGCUGAUGAAAGUUGAAUUGUGCUUUGACUUAUGGGAGGAAGUGAACAAUUUAUAAUACCAUCGAUCACACCGUCAUAGCGGCAAAGAGGCCAAGAGGCAAAGAAGGAAUCAUUAGUAUUAGCCGCUGCUGUGAUGUGACUGAUGGUUGGUUAAUUUUGUGUAUGACAAAGAACAUUCCUUCCUAUUGACGUUCACGGCAACCGUCAUCAUUCCAUUCGUAUUCUGCAGUGAAGCCGACGCCAGAUGAUUGAAGUGAAUAUAAGAGAGUUGCCUGAUAUCGAUGCUAUGAAUAAUGUAAGUAUUGAGAGGAUUUAUCACCA